AAUAAUUCUUUGUUUUUAUUUAAAUUCUUUAUCGUUGCAAACAUUAAAAAUAUUUUGGAAGUCAAACAUGAGCACUUCAUUUAUUUCACAUUAAGCUUCACAACACAUUAUAUGAUAAUAUAGCUAUGCCUAUGCCGCAAAUAUACAUUUUUAUUUAUUCAUUUAACUAGUGCCAGUUGUAUUGUUCGUUUUGUCUUGAGUUUUUCUAAUAGCCACAGUUGCGACAAUGAUUCAACUAUCAUUGAAUAAGAUAAUGAAGUGUUCAACAAUUUUAAGAAUGUAUUCAUCCAUGCCAAAAUGUGACUUUGUACCCCAAAAAUAUACGGGCCCAUCGUUUGAAACAAUGUCGGAAAUACGGAAAACAAGGUUGAAUCCAGCCUUAACCACGUAUUACGGAAGCCCUUUGGCCUUCCAUCAAGGGCACAUGCAGUGGUUGUUUGAUAUAAACGGAAGAAGAUAUCUCGACAUGUUUGGCGGAAUUUGCACAGUUUCUGUGGGCCACAGUCAUCCAAAAAUAACCGAGGCUCUACACAAACAGAUACAGAAAUUAACGCAUGUGUCUAACGUCUACUUCCACCCAAAAAUCCACGAAUACGCCGUGCGUUUAACGGAAAAAUUUCCCGGCAAUUUAAAGGUCGUUUACUUCGUCAAUAGCGGUUCCGAAGCCAAUGACUUGGCGGUUCUGAUGGCCCGAAGUUACACAAAAAAUUUCGAUAUUGUAACUCUCAAAAACGCAUACCACGGGAUGACUUACCAAACAAUGGGGCUAACUUCAAACACGGGGUACAAGUACAAAGUGCCUCAAGCGCCUGGCAUUCACAAUAUUAUGAACCCGGACGUUUAUCGGGGCCUUUGGGGGGGCACCCACUGCCGCGAUAGCCCCAUCCAGACCUCGAGGUCUUGCUCCUGCUCGGUGGAAAAUUGCGAAGCUAAAGAUAAAUAUCUGGAGCAACUGCGAGACAUUUUCAAGUACAAUGUUAGGCCAGGGGGCUUGGCUGCCUUCUUUGCCGAGUCAAUCCAGGGGGUUGGAGGGACGGUUCAGUUCCCCAAGGGGUACAUUAAGGGUGCUUAUAAGCUAGUGAAGGAACACGGAGGGCUUUUUAUAUCAGAUGAGGUGCAAACUGGAUUUGGUCGCACAGGUGAGCAUUUCUGGGGCUUUGAAAUGCACGGAAUUGAGCCCGAUAUUGUCACAAUGGCCAAAAGUAUGGGUAAUGGGUUUCCAUUGGCUGCAGUUGUGACACGGCCUGAAAUUGCGCAAGCUCUUGCCAGUUCGAUGCAUUUUAACACUUUUGGGGGAAACCCCUUGGCUUGCACUGUGGGAAUUACCGUUUUGGAUAUAAUUGAGGAAGAACAGUUGCAAAAAAAUUGUCUCGAAAUUGGGACGUAUUUUCUCAAAGAAAUGGAGAAGUUGAAAGCGAAACAUUCAAUAAUUGGGGACGUUCGAGGAAAGGGGUUAAUGUUAGGGGUUGAGCUUGUUGAAGAUGAUAAAAAUGCCUCUCCUUUAGACAGCAAACGGUUCAUGAAAAUGUGGGAAAAGACACGAGAUAUGGGUUUGAUAAUCGGAAAAGGCGGUCUUUUUGGAAACGUGAUAAGGAUUAAACCACCAAUGUGUAUUACCAAAAACGAUGCUGAUUAUACAGUCCAUGUUCUGGACAAAGCGUUUGAGGAAAUAAAAUAAAAUAAAAUGCAAA